CCCUUAUGUAUGUACCCGCCCUGAAAUGAGCAACCCUUUAAAAAGCCAAACCGAAGGCAUGCAAACACACCCACAUUGUUUUCCUUCCCCUACAUUGUUUUUUUGCAUCUGGAACAGAUUUCUCAAAAUGAAGCUUUACCUCGCAGUUGCCGUCCUGUUGCUGGCUCUCGCAACGCAAUCAGAGGCCCAGGCUCCGGAGGAACCGACCCCUGCGGGUCCUGAUAGCAUUGGGGACAAGUUCAGCCAGUUCGGGGACACAGUGGCCGUGCUCGGCCAAGACAUUGCCACGAAGACCCAGGACGCCUUCCAGAGAGCUCAAGACAGCGAGUUUGUCGUCAAAACUAAGACCUGGUUCAGCGAUCAGUUGGAGAAGAUGAAGGCAAAGUUAAGCGAGAUUGGACAAUAAGAAGGAGACCAAUUGUCUGCAAUGAGCCAAAACCCUGUCAGUGGUGCCUUGUGUGGCGCCUUGUGUGGCCCUUUGACCUUCUGCCUCCCCCCCCUCCGCCCCCACUGGGUUUUGGCCGCAAAGAGGGUUGACUGUAUGCAUGGCCUUAUGCCCAAUACACCUUGCUUUGUAUCGCUCAUAUAAUCUUUGUACACAUUUUGUGGAAAAAGUGCAAUAAACAUAUGAGCAAUAAAGAUCAUUUUAUAUAUAUACACAAUACAUAUAUUUCUUCAUUUCAAAAUCUGUAACUAAAUAAAAUAUUUUUGAAAGAAUCAAAAAUUCUGAAUAAAAAUUUGAAUAAAUCUU